UGGAGUAGUGACCCGUCAUGUUUAUUAUGAUUCUUGGAGAUGUUUCUUAAACCAUAUAAAUUGCGGAGUAAUGCCCCUUUAAAGGGGUCUGAAUCAAGACGUUUACGGCAGCGCAUUGAAACAGCAUUUCCCGAUUCAACGCCGGAGCAGCUUAGCGUACUUAUUCCAUCUAAGAGUGCUGUGACUCAACUGAAACUAACAACACAUGGCGGCACGCAAACUAACGUCUUCUGUGUGGACAAGUUGCCCAUGUUCUUCGAAGUGGAAUCUGGCGACUUAGCACCAACUGUAUACGCCUUAUGGUUAGUGCCUACACUGCUGCCCUAUUUUACAACAUUCCGUGAGGUGUUGCCGAAACUUUCCAAUGGUGCGAAUCUUAUGCUGCCUGGUGUAGUGCCAAAAGGUACCGGAAUGAACAUGUACGGCCGAUAUCGGCAAGGUCAAUUAAUGGCUGUGAACUUGGUCUCGAAUCAGGCUGCAGUAGCUGUCGGAUAUUUACCACGGUCUUCAGAUGAUUUGUAUAUGUGUGGUCGGCAGGGUGUAGCUGUGAAUAUGCUCCACAUAUUUGGUGAUAAAUUAUGGGGUCAUGAACCAACAUUAGUACAGCAAGUACCUUUAAAAAAGGCUUCACCAUUAACUACUGAUGACUUCCCGGAACUUGGUGUUAAAGAGGAUAAACUUAAAAAAAAAUUAAAUGAAAUUCCAACGUUAGCGGAUAUUGUGGCAACGUCGCAAGUACCAGACUUACAAAAUACGGAGGCAACAUAUCCUGAACUAGAGAGCCUGGAAAUUUCUAAAAAUGAUGAUAUUGCGGAGGAUACAAAGAAAUGUGAGGCUGAUUGUGAAGAAGCGACUGUAGAAAAACACGAAACGACUCCAGAGACAAUGUUGAAAAACGCUUUCCUAGCGGCGUUGAAAAAUCAUGGCAAAACACUGCAACUGCCGCUUCUAACAAGCAAUUUUUAUCGUUUGUAUGUUGUGCCUGAAGCACCUGAACCCAUUGACUUGAAGAAAACAAAAUACAAGAAGCUUUCGAAUUUCCUUAAUGAAAUGAUUGACCAGGGUUUCAUAGUCGUGCGCGAAGAGUCGAAGGGCGUUGAUAAAAUAACUGCCAUAGAUCUGGAUCACCCAGAACUGGUUAAUUUUAUAACAGAUUUUAAACCGCCAAAGCAAACAGCAGAAGGAGAACUGCAAGAUCAGCCUCUAUUUCGUUCCGAGUUGACGGCAACUUAUAUAGUUACCGAUGCGACGGCUCCUUUCUUUGCUAAAAUGAAUUACAAGCGAGGCGAAGGUAUACCAACUGCACAAAUCAAGAAAAUUGUUCGCGAGUAUAUAAGCAAGCAUAAUCUUCCCAAAGCUGGUGCUGACAAUAUAAUACAAUUAGAUGAGACGCUGGAAAAGAUAUGCGAUGCUAAGACUUCCUCCGUUAACCAGAUAUGUAUCGCAAUUACCAACAAAAUGGAAUACAGCUUCCAAAUGUGUGAGCUUAAGAAUGUUGCCUCAAACAAGCCUCUCAUACAAAUGUCCCUCGCAACACGCUCUGGUAACAAGAAGGUAACUCUUAUCAGCAACAUCGAGUGCUAUGGCAUUAUUGUACCAGAAUUCAUAAAACUAUGUAAACAAGGCGCUGCGGCUAGUACCACCGUAGUAAAACUGCCCCAUCAAAAGGCCGAGCAGCUACAAAUACAAGGCAACCAGGUUCGCUUUGUUUUCAAUUUAUUGACGGAAACUUAUAAAGUGCCACCUAAAUGUAUACUAGGACUAGAACUGGCCAAAGAUGGAAAGAAGCACAAGAAAAAGUAGAAUAAUCCCUCACGAAUUGCUGUAAAACAAGGGACCUAAACCGAUAAAAUGAAUAUUGUAAAUCAGGAUUUGUUUUUUAGUUCAAGGUACACAGUACGAGAGAAAAACUUACGACGGAAUAAAGAACUUAACUGAUGUUUAACAAUAA